AAAAAACAGAUGGACACAGAUGUGCUAGGGCAUUCUACCCUAUCGGCUCAAAAAACCUUUUCUCAUGAUACAAAUAGGAUACUACCUUAUGAUGGCCAUACUUUUCCAUAAAACCUGCUACUUUUUUCUUCCUCUUCAUUUCUCCGUUAGUUUUGAUUUUCAUAAUGAUGAACUGAGCAGAAAAUCAAAAUCUUUAAUCAUGGAUUGAUUGAAAGAAGUAAGAAAAUAGUUUGGGAGAGACCCCAAGAAAAAAAAACCUUUCAAAAAGAAAAAAGGAGUCACCUUUUUCAGUGGUCUCUCUCUCUCUCUCUCUCCUCUGUCUCCACACAGUGCACGAGUCUCCAUUCUCCAACCACUGCUCGUCUGCUGCUGCAGUUGGACUGUUCAAACAUUGGUUGCAGGAAAGCCCAGAGAGCUUGGAAUUCGAGAAGAGAGGUGGGUAUCUCAUCUCUGUCUGUCUGAGUCUUAAGUCCUCUGUGUAUUUGCGUGCCCUUCAAUCCCAUUCGUAGUUCAUCACCUUUCCUUAAAUUCUGGUCCAAAACCAUCUCUGCACUGCUCUCUCUCUCUCUCUCUCUCUCUCUCUCUCUCUCUCUUCCGUAAAGUGUUACGACUUUGAGGGCCCUUUCUUGAUAAUAUUAGAUACCGAAAACCAUAUCUUCAUCGUUCCUUGGUUGUAUAUUUCUCUUUCUAUCAUUCUAUCUUGUGAAAAAAGGAGGGGAAAAAGAAGGGAAAAAAGGAAACUGAUGAGUUCAUCUUUACUUGAAUCGUCUAAUGGCUUCUUCCCUCUGCAGCGUACAUUUCCUCACUUACCCGUUUUUAGGAUCACUUUUCUCUUCGUUUCUGGAAACUGAGAAGGCUCAGCAGUUGCAAAAUGAGGUAGCAGAUGACUCUUCGUAGAAGUCACACACUCAUCUCCCUUACUGGCCAUGAGGAAAUAAUCUUGGGCAAAUGUAUGAUGCACUUGGCACCUGAUUUUCUGUUUUCAUGGCUUGAUGCAUCCUCAUUGUAUGCUCGCAUGACUUUUGAAUACUGUUGGUAGACAAUUAGCAUUUUCGUCCUAUCCAAAGAAAAAAAAUCUUGGUGUCACCUAGUACUUGCCAAAGAAUAUUUAACAUGGCAUCAAAGUUGGCAACUCAGAAGGGCUCCAUAUGUUUACCAGGGCAACCUCUGCUAAUGUGUUCCUCUCACAGUUGCUCCCAUCUUACUCCACACCAUGGGGAUCCAGAUCAGCAGCUGGUUGUUCUUCCAAAAUUUUCGGUAUUAGCAGCAGGCAAUGAACCAAAAUACCUGGAAGAUUGACACUGUUUAUUUCAUUUGAAAUGGAAGUCAAAGAUGCAGAGAGGAUGGUUAUAGCCAAACCAAUUCCUUCAAGACCUUGUUCCAGUUUUAGGUCCUUCUCAGAGCUCCUUGCAGGCGCCAUUAAUGAGUCACCUCCUUGUUCAUAUUCUGAAAAAGUAGUGGCCGCUAUCAGACCGAAGACAGUGAGGUUCAAACCAGUGGGAAAUCAUGCUUUGGGCAGUAGGGUGGUUUCAUCUCAGGGAGAGGUAUCUGAAGCAGCAGGUCGUGAUUCAUGUAACAAGGCUUUGGAAGAAAGCAGCAAACCUGCUGUGGUAUACAAACCUUUGGCAAAGGUUGCAUCAAGAACAGCUGCUUCUCUCUUGGCAAAUCAGGGAAACUUUGAGAUCAUUCAUCAGAAAUCGUUAGCACUGGGGCAGGCACAUUUUCAACAUGAAGACCAAGCAAAAAACAAUUCUGAAACCCAUUUUUCUUCAAAUCCGAGUCAGAAUUUACAAUCACUAGUGGCAGUAAACCAUGCAAGUGAGUCAUCAAAGAUGACAUUGCUGAACCUGGAAGAUAAUCAGAAAGGUAUUGUAUCCACAGCCAGUGGGGAUCGGCCUUCUUAUGAUGGAUAUAAUUGGAGAAAGUAUGGUCAGAAGCAAGUCAAAGGAAGUGAAUACCCUAGAAGUUACUAUAAAUGCACACACCCAAAUUGCCCUGUGAAAAAGAAGGUUGAGCGAUCUUUUGAUGGGCAGAUAGCAGAAAUUGUCUACAAGGGUGAGCACAGUCAUUCAAAGCCUCAGCCUCCUAAACGACCAUCAUCAGGAACACAAGAACAAGGGUUUGUAUCUGAUGGGACUGGCCAAGAUACCAGCAAUCCCUUAUGGAGUAACACACUAAAUGAGCUUAAUGAAGGAUCUGAAGGUCGUAUAGAGAAUCAGAAUGAAGUUGGCCUGUCAAUAUACCCUACGUUUCCAGACAAAGGUCUAAACUCUUAUGAUCCUGCUACAACAGAUGCAUUUAAUAGUGGUAUUGGGACUCCUGAUAAUUCCUGUGGCCUUAGUGGUGACAUUGAAGACAGAAGCAAGGGAGUUGAUGCAGAUGACACUGAACCUAAGUGUAAGCGGAGGAAAAAUGAGCAUCAAUCUGAUGACCAGUCUGUACUAGGGGAAAGUGUAAGAGAACCUCGUGUUGUAGUGCAAAAUUCCACGGACACUGAGAUUAUUGGUGAUGGCUUUCGUUGGCGAAAAUAUGGGCAAAAGGUUGUGAAGGGAAAUCCAUACCCCAGAAGUUACUACCGAUGUACCAGUCUCAAAUGCAACGUGCGCAAGCAUGUGGAGAGGGCAUUGGAUGAUCCUACAGCUUUCAUCACAAAAUAUGAAGGAAAGCAUAACCAUGAUAUGCCCGUCACUAGAAACCAGAAUCCUGUGGGCUCUGACCCAGAUCCACUAGCCCCUGCCAACAAAUCCAAGAGGAAAUAAGUUAGCAGUCGGCUAUUGAACUCACAAACCACGUCAGGAAAAGUUAAAGAGCACCAGAGGUGUAAGAUUUUGUGGCCAAUGUUGGUUUCCAUCCAGCCACAUGGGGAUUUAGUCGAGCUAUCAGAUGUCCAUGUUUUAGUUCAAUCUCAAAGAAUUCUCCCCGUAAAGGUUUUUUUUCAUGAAAGUAAUUUUAUCUGUGGAUAUAGAUCUGUCUAAUGGGUGAAGUGGCUAGCCCACAGUUCGCUUUUUCCACUGCCUGUUAGCUUAUCAGUGCAUUUUCUUAUUUAUUCUUGACCACUUCCUGUAUUACCUUACAUACCUUCCUUUAAACAUCUGAUAUUCAAUAUAUACAAGUUUUAAGUUCUGUUUUGAUUUCCA